GACAUGCUGGAGGCCAGCUGCGGCCAGGUGAGCAUCGACGACGUGGAGGGCCCGGUGCUGAGGCUCCUGGUGGCCUACACGUAUACCCUGCAGGCCCCCCAGCUGCGCGACACGGCCCCCCAGUUGCUGGUGGCGGGCGAGAAGUACGGCUUGUCGGGCCUCAAGGCUGCCUGCGAGCGGCAGCUGAUCUCGCAGUUGGCCGUCGAGACCGCAGCGGCGACGGCCGUCACGGCAGUGAGGCACUCGUGCCCGGACGCCACCAGGGCUGCCGUCGCCUUCAUAAAGGACCACGCGGGGCUGGGCGGACGCUGUGCUCGAGUACCCGCAAGAAGUCAACCGAGUCAUCCGUCUACUCAGUGAGCCACCAGCAGAAGCCAGCUCGACGACCGCCACAACUCUGACUGUCAACCCCACAGCGGCCACAGCCGGACUCCUGCUGCAGCUGCGCCUCCCACGUCUGCCCGACACACCCCUCCACCUGAUCACGUAGCCGUCUCUCGCUUCCGGAGGCUUUCUGAUGCAGAGCGAGGCAGGAGGCUGAUACAGGCGGCUGGGGAUGGGGAGGUGGAGGAGGUGCGGGCGUUGCUCGCGGCUGGGGCGGACGUGGGGGCGAGAAGCGGGGGCGGGCGGACCCCCCUGCACUCGGCUGCACUG